AUGGGGAAGAGUAAUGGCCUAAGAGUGAUCAUGUUUCCACUUCCACUUCAAGGCUGCAUCAACCCUAUGCUUCAGCUCGCCAAGAUCCUCCACUCACGAGGUUUCUCCAUCACUGUGAUCCACACGCGCUUCAACGCGCCAAAAACUUCAAACCACCCUCUCUUCACCUUCUUAGAGAUCCCACAUGGCUUGUCUGAAACAGAGACAAGAACUCGCGAUUUCACACAUCUCCUAGCCGCUCUCAACCGAACCUGUGAGUCUCCCUUUCGUGACUGUUUGACUAAGCUGUUGCAAUCUGCUGAUUCUGAAACAGAGGAAGAGAAACAGAAGAUUAGCUGUUUGAUCUAUGAUUCUGGAUGGAUCUUCACACAACCCCUCGCACAGAGUUUGAAUCUCCCGAAAUUUGUUCUUAGUACAUAUAAAGUCUCCUUCUUUCUGGAUCAUUUUGUUCUUCCUCAACUCCGGCGUGAAAGGUAUCUUCCAUUACAAGGUUCUAUCACAAAUUCAGAAGAUGAUGAUCUAGUAGAGGAGUUUCCGCCGCUACGAAGGAAAGAUAUCUUCCGGCUUCUUGAUGCAGAAACGGAGGUACUUGAUUCGUACUCGGAUCUGAUUUUGGAAACGACAAAGGCGUCUUCAGGUAUUAUUUUCGUGUCGUCCUGUGAAGAGUUGGACCAUGACUCACUGAUUCAAGCACGUGAAGAUUUCCAAGUCCCGAUCUUUGCGAUAGGACCUUCUCAUAGCUACUUCCCGGGAUCUUCUAGUAGCUUGUUCACACCGGACGAGACUUGCAUUCCAUGGCUAGACAAUCAAGAAGACAAAUCCGUGAUUUACGUGAGCUUCGGGAGCGGCGUGACCAUCAACGAAUCAGAGUUAUUGGAGAUUGCUUGGGGUCUAAGAAACAGCGACCAAUCUUUCUUGUGGGUCGUACGGGUUGGUUCGGUUCAUGGCAAAAAAUGGAUCGAGGCAAUCCCGGAAGAGAUGAUCGGAGGGCUUAACGAGAAGGGAAGAAUAGUGAAAUGGGCCCCACAACAAGACGUUCUAAAGCAUCGAGCCAUUGGAGGGUUCUUGACACACAAUGGUUGGAACUCGACGGUUGAGAGUGUUUCUGAAGGCGUCCCUAUGAUCUGUUUGCCAUUUUUCUGGGACCAAUUGCUAAAUGCAAGAUUUGUUACUGAUAUAUGGAUGGUCGGGGUACAUCUAGAGAAUCGGAUUGAGAGAAAUGAGAUCGAGAAAUCGAUAAGGAGAUUGUUUUCCGAAACUGAAGGAGAAGAGAUCCGAGAGAGGAUGGAACUUCUCAAGGAGAAAGUUGGAAGAUCGGUUAAGCAAAACGGUUCGGCAUAUCGUUCCUUAGAACGUUUGGUUGAUCAUAUAACAUCUUUCUAG